GCUCCGAGGGUAUUCGAUGCAGACAGUGGUCACCAAAGAAGCCGCUGUCCUAGCGAAGAACCAGCGGCAUAUCAGCAACAGUUUUUGGCCGCGGCGGCCGCAGCUCGCUUCUUCCCCACUGCGAUGAGUACUGAGCACUGGCAUUGUCCGGUGAUGAAGAUGGAGGAAACCGCAAAGGGCGCCGCGAACUUCUUUCCGGAGACCAAUUCUGUCACUGCAGCCACCGUAAGUCUCAAAGCCCUGUCUCGCGAGCAAGCCAGCGGUAGUGGUGGUGGGAGUGGUACUCCUUUCAUCUGCAGAGCUUAUCAGACCCUCGAGGAGGCCGGGCAUCGAGCCUAUCCGCCAGUCUAUACACGGGCACAACACCUCACCGGCCUACUUGAUGGCAGUCGGGGACCGAACAAUACUAACUACGCUUCUAACCCAUUCACCUACCCUGCUAACCACUUUAACUACAAUAUUGCCAGUCUGGCUUGCACAAAGUCUGUUGCCAAGUAA